GCCGGUAACGCCACUAGCUGUAGCUGCGCUCUCGUCUGUACCUAUCGUCUAUGCGUUACCUGGAUUGAAUGCACGUAAUGACUCGACUCUCAGCAACCAGACGAGUCUUUACGAGUCCAUUGCACACUUAGCCGACCCUGUCAUGGGAGUCAUGCUUGGUUCCAUUCGUACAAGUUGGGAACAGGGUACAGCAGCUGCGGCCGUGUUAGAGAUCGAAAAUCCAGAGUACUCUGUUUUUGCAGAGGACCCAUUCUCGAACAAGGGCCUUCCUGUUGGUGCAAUACGUCUUGCAUUGAGCGCUGCGGUGCGUCAAGGCCCGGACGGACGUCUCAGUCAAAAUAUCAAUGAUGGUCUGGACGGUGCCGCACUUGAUGGGGCAUCUGCGGGCCCCUACACCCUUCUUGGAGCAAUGACGGAACCAAACAGAGCAACCUUCUUCCAGGAUGCCAGUGACAAGCAACUAAACUACCUCUUGAAUAUCGCCCCGAGGACUUCGACGGGUGCUAUAUCGAUGCGCGACGACUCCCGCCAGUACUGGGAUGACGGGGUCUAUAUGGGACCACCCUUCCUUGCGUACUACGGCGCAGUGACAGGGAAUCAGAGCCUUCUUCAGAUGGCGUAUGACGAUGUGAGAUUAUAUCGCGAUGCACUGUUAAUCGAUGGUCCAACAGGCAAGCUUUGGGCACAUAUAUACAAUGAAAGCGCAGGGGAAUUCGCAGACGAGGGACUUUGGGCAAGUGGAAACGGGUGGGCAGCACUUGGCAUGAUACGCGUGCAGUCAACGAUCAUGAAGAGUCAGUUCAAGGAUGACAUGAGGGACCAAACGGACCAACUCCAAAGUUGGAUAAAAGAGGUCUUGGACGGCACGUUUGCAGCAAUCCGCGAUGACAACCUCGUUCCAAACUACAUUGACUCUAACAACACCUUUGGAGAUUGUGCUGCUUCUGCUGCACUUGCCUCUGUUGCAUAUCGUGCUGCUGUUAUUGACUCCAAGACAUUUGACUCGUAUUACACUGACACGGCGAGCCAACUGGCAAAGGUAUGUUUAGGCAGUGUUGAUGAACUCGGUGUGAUUUCGCCGUAUGUGAACCCGCUAGUAUGGGAUCAGGUUGGCAUCCUCUCUACAGAAGGCCAGGCUUUUAAUCUUAUGUUGAUUGCGGCAUUGCGUGAUUGGCUUGCGGCGAACGGACAAAACGUUUCCCGUUAGAUGCUAAUUUAUUUAAUUUACUGCUCUUUUGGAGUCUCCUUGUAUUGUUUCUUGCGGCACCUCUAAUAGACUCCUUCACAUACAUUUCAUCCUGUUUUCUGUGAUGCUGUGUUUCCGUUCAAGAUGGAUUGUGUGAAACAUUAUUAAUUGACUAGUUUCUGAACUUCGAGUUUGGUAAAUGCUUGUAUUAUUAUGUAAUCGGUUUUUACACAACCUAAGUUACCUAACAUUAAA